AUGAAUAUGUUAGAUGAUGAAGAUGACCACAGCUUUCACGCUACGCGUGACGGCUACUCCCAUUUGAGCGAUGUCGAAUGGGAUGCGGUUGAACGAAUGGGUUCAACCAUGGGCAUCCAUGCUGUUAGCGUCAUGCUAGAGGCUCUCAAUAGAGAUGCUCAACAUGCUACUAUCGCCAAGUUCAUUCAAAAUGAACUUGACGCAGAGCGCGAGAAAGUAGCCUUGCUUCACCAACAAGGUUCUCAACAAGCAGAGUUGUUGAGAGAACAGGGUGCUCAACAGUUUGAACUGUUGAGACAGCAGCAGGCUGCUGCUGACGACGCCAUAAGGGCGAGUCGCAUCGACGAUGGGGAUAUGCAAGUUGCAUUUGCCCAGUCAAAUCUGGCAGGACGUGCCAAGACUUGGGCAUUGGGGCUCAAGUUUUACGACCCAUAUGCGUUUGGGUCGUUGGAAGUCUUCAAGUCGCGGCUCAGACAAACGUUUGAACCGCCUAGAGCUGAGUUCAGAGCUCGAACCGAACUCUUGAAGCUCAAGCAGGGUAAGCGUGAUGUGCACGCUUACGCACAACAUAUACGACAUCUCACGAGUUGUAUAAGUUCCAAUCCGGUGGAUGGACACACGUUGGUUUCGGUGUUCAUGCAGGGUCUUGCGGAUGGUCCCGUCAAGACUCACCUGUUCCGGCUUGAACUAGAUUCAGUAGAACAAGCCAUUUCCAUUGCGGAGCAGGAAGACUUCAGUCUGAGACAGGCUCGCGCCAGCUCGACAUCAUAUCGUCAACCGAGACGAUAUGACAACGGAGGUCCAGAACCGAUGGAACUCUGUUAUGUUGAGAGCGAGAAGGCUCGCUCUACAGGCUACAAGAAGUUGCAGAGAUGCAACAGAUGUCAAAAGACAGGACUCUACGCUUACGAGUGUAGUGCCCCUCGUCCAGUGUCUCGCGACACUGGGCGUAGUGACCGUCCACCCAUGAGAAAGGGGAAGGGACGCGGGUCCGCUGUUGGUGCAAAGACGCAACAAUGGGAUGGACCGUCAAAAAACGGACAGGAUCAGUAG